AGAGAAAACGAGAGCUAGAAAGCCCGUCAUGCAGGCGAGCGCUGCCUUUCUAGCAGCCCUUCUUUCUCUCCUCGGCAAGCAGCCCCACAAGGAAGAUGGAGGUUCUGUUUGCCUCGCAAGACCACGCGGAGAACCAAGCAGUUAAUUAGCGGGGAGGAGCCAGAGGGGGGGGAGGUCCCAACGGUUCAAAGCAUUGGCCGCGGAGGUGGGGACGCUUUUUUCGGAUGCACCAGUGGCUUCAGUUUCUAUGGAAACGAGGCCCGCUCCGUGUUGAUACAUCCUCUUUUUUUAAGUAGUAACCUGGCCGGUUUGUCCGAUGGUGAAACAAUUUUGAAAAAAAUAUUGGCAUCGAGAGGGAUUCCACAAUGCUGCACACAGAGAAAGAACUAAAUGAGCUUCUUAUUCGCAAAGAACAAGAACUGAAAGAACUACAAAUUCACCAGAUCUGUUUUCAGAAAACAACACUACAAGCAACCCAAACACAACUUCAAGAAAUGCAUAAGAAUUUUGACAAGCUAAAGGAAGAUUUCACCUAUAAUCUUAGAGUCUUAGAAGAGAGAGACAGAGAGCUGGAGCACUAUGAGACGUUGAUUACACAGUUGAAAAUGGUUGAAAAUGCUAAACAGGCAGAAGUUAGUGAACUUAGAAUACAGGUGGAUAAGUUGAAAGAGGAACUUGCUCAGGAGAGAAGAAAACAAGAGGCUCUGCAAUAUCAAUACCAGCAAAAGCUUAAGGAACACCAGUUAGAGUUGAGGCAUCUUCACAGUUCUAAGGAUACUGAUAUUAAUCGUUCUCGUGAGGAAUAUGAAAACAUGAAACAACAACUGGAGAGGAAGCUCCAGGAAGUAGAAGGCGAACUUGCUUUGCAAAGACAGGAACUUCUGAUUGAAUUUGAUACAGCAAUGAAAAACAGGGAACAUGAGUUUCGACAGAAAGCAGAUGAAAUGAGCAAUGAAGUGCUGUCUCAUGAGCUUAAGGUUAAGUUGUUGAUCAAAGAACUGGAGGCUGUGAAAGAAGCUGGGUUAAAAAUGGCAGAAUCACUAAAAGUGGCAGAAACAACUAAUUCAGAGCUGGAGAAGGAAAUCAAAUGCAAAGAGUGGGAAAUAAAAGAUGUUGCAGCUGUGAAAGAUGUUCGGAUACGUGAUUUAGAGAAGAAACUUGAUUCUGUGCAUCUGAGCUGGAAAAAAGAAAAAGAAAUAUUGGAGAGGAAGCAUGCAGCAACUGAUCAUUAUGCCAGGGAAAAGGAUGCAAUGCUUGCUUCAGUGAAAGUGGCCCAUGCUGAAGAAAUACAUAAACUGGAAAAUCAGAUCCGACAACUGCAGAUAAAUAAUGAAACUUUGGAAAUGGAACUCCAUCGGGAUGAAAAGAGACAUAAAGACCACUUGAAAGAGAAAGGCACCAUAAUUGAAAAAUGUGAACAAGAGCUGAAGGCAAUGAAAACAAGUUGGGAAUCUCAGGUAGCUCGGCUGUCUAGGGAGCUAGUUUCAAAAGAUCUUCAGAUACAUGCACUGCAAGAGGAAGAGAUUAAGCUAAGAACACAACUGACCACCUUAGCGCAAGACAUUGAAAGGUAUAAACAGCAGCUUUCACUAGCAGCAGAAAGAGAAGAAGUUCUAGAAAAGGCUAAAGUACAAAUUGAGUUGGACUGGCAGCGGCGUUGCGAGAAUGUUGAAAGGGAUCAAUAUCAGAAAUCAGAGGCUCUGAUCCAGAGCUUGUCAACAGCUAGGGAUCAGGUUACUGCUGAACUAAAAGAGAAGGAACAGAGGUUACAUGAAUUGGAAAUACUCCUGUCAGCUGUAACUCAAGAGAGAGAUCACGUCAUUCAGGAACUUCAGAAACAUAGUCAUGUACCAACGGGAGAGAAACAGGAUGCUGCAGGAAUCACUGAACAAGCUUUUCCUUCUGCUGAUAUCAAGAGAUUACAAGAACAAAAUAGUACCUUGCGGGCUGUUAUUGCAGAAAUGAGAAGAGAAAUGGAGACUCUUAAUUAUCAGACAACUUCCUCUGCCCAUUCCAAAAUGAAAACACAAGAUGUGGAUCCGGCUAAUUCAGCUACAGUUUCAUUCACUCCUGAGUAUGUUCAUUCUUUGGUAGAGGAAAUCAGACAAUUGAAGAAGAAAUGUUGGAGAGUGGACAAACUGUGUGAAAAUCCAUCUGAACCGCCUCGAAAAUUAUAUGUGUCUUCUAUGAAGUCAUCCAAUUGUAGAAAAAAUACCCAAACACCCUAUCAACAUUGCAUGGGAAGUGAGACAAAUGGUACCAUGCAUGCAGACAAGGUUGCUUCUGAAUUUCCUUUAAAAAAACAUGAUCUUGGAGUUCCUCAGGUGGAUUCAAUAGGAAGACAUGAAAUACAAUUGAACCCUGUGGCUAAGAGACUUCAGGAGGAUUCUGUACAUCUGAGGCAACCACUGUUUGGGAUAGGAGCAGGUGAUGGACCCCAUAGACAAACAGGAAACUAUGCGCGACUGAUACAAAGCAGAUUGAAGGAAGCUGCAAGAAAAAUCUGCGGUCUGAGCAAAGAGAAACAACAAUUGCUAGAAAUGGUAAACAGACUAAGAGCAGAACUUGGAGUAGCUUCAAAGGAAGGAUAUCAGGAUUCUAAGGGAUCAAAGGAGUCACAUUUUCAUACUUUCUCUGGUGUACUAUCUCCUAAUGAACUUGUCAGAGAAACUGAGCACCAUCUUCUCGCUUUAGAACAUCUACAGUACCAGCUUACAACUCAGGAAUUGCAGUAUGCUCAGCAAAAACAUACCUCAGGAAAAUGUCGUAAUUUUGAAGAAAACUUAAGAAAUGAAAAUCUCCCAAAUAAUAACAUCAGUAGCAAAGGAGCAGAUGUCCUCUUUAAACAGGUUCAGAUGGAAUCACUAGUAAAAACUUGUCCUGCAAAUUCCCCAAAGCAUGAAGUCUUCAAGCUACAUCAGUCUGAACAGUCCCCAAAAGAAGAUCCCAAGCAAUUUCAGCAAGGCCUGUUGUCAUCAUCUGGUACACAUAGCUCAUUGGAGGAAAUCUGGCAGAUUCUAGAAAUGGGGUCAAGCCCUUCUGUUCUCAGCCCUGAGAGCAACAAUGAUCAAGAAAAUUCUCACAUUAUCUAUGAACCUGAAAGACUUGAAGACUCUCAAGAAAAAGGACAAGCAAGAUGUAAACAGAGAGCAUCAGUACCUCCAUUGACAAUUACGGGCAAUAAAUUUAAUGUACUUUCAAAGCUAAGACCAAAAAAGUCAUCCUGCAACCAAUCCAGGAAGCCCAAAACCUCUCAACAGAAAAGCAAAAUCCGAAACUACAAUAUUAAGGAUUCCCGUGUUAUCAGUAGGUAAUUUUAAAAGCAGAAAUUAACAUCUGACCAACAAUUUGUUCAGCUGACAGUCUAUGUGUAGAACUGUUUAGAUCUACAUUACAUGUGGUGUGCUGAACAGAGCAGAAGAUACAGAGCUGCUGAAGUGUGUGCAAGCCUUAACAGCUGUCUUUCUGCUUUGAUGCAAAAACAUCAGGAAGGUAGACUCUGUUGUCAGUUCAACUAAUGGGUAAUUCAAAUGAAGGAAUAUUUUGACAUUAUGGAUAAUGUGGGACACUUCCUCAGCCUGCAGUUCCCAGUGGGGGGAUGGGGGUGCAUUUCAUAUUCUCUUCAUAACGGCAACACUAUAAACUAGUUCUAGACAACAUGUGUUUCAUGUGGUAAUGGUGAUGAGUCAGGUUAUCACUACCUGAAUAUGUGCAUGGAUACAUGUGCACAGGUGAACUCAUACAGUCUUCUCUCUUGCUCCAUUCUCUCUCACACACCAUGUACACACCCUCUGUAUGCACAUACUCCCCUGACAUCACAACAUGCAGCAUAUUUUUCCUUUCCUAUAAGGUGAGAUCUCUUUGUGACUACACAGUGAUGGAAAUGUGAAUUAACUUGCUUUCUCACUGUGAAGUCACAUUGAGAGCAUUUGGUUCUCUCUGAUAUAAGUGGCCACGGAAGCAGAAAAGAGGAAGCAGAGGAGGAAAAAGGCCUUCUACUUGCAGUUCCAUUUUAAACACCUGUAGGUGGUGCUUUAGGAAUUUUCCUUCCUCCUAAUCAAUUUCCUGUCUUAUCUAGCUGUCAAGUUCCUCAAGCUAUUAAAAAAGUUAAUGAAUUAAUAAACAGGAGUAUGGGGGUGCUGUUUUAAAAAGUGGCAUUUUAGGGGAGCAGAGUCUUUCCAGAGAGAUGUGAGCAUUGUCGCUGCAUGUUUGUUUGUUUGUGUGUGUGUGUGUGUGUACACAUUCACACUCUCUCUCCUUUUCCCUCUCUCACACACUACUCCUCACUCUAAUUGCCCCCUCUCUUGCAUGCCUUCUCUUUCUCCUUAAAUGAGAAAGCAUUUUCACAGCAAAUCAUACAGUGCUUUGCUUUUUGCAUGUUCCCUUUACCUUGUACAACACACCCACUUGGGUAGGAGGCUGUUCUUAAAAAAUGGACUGAGGGAAGAGAGACUUUGUGGAGGCAUGUGAGUACUAGCGCUGCUUUUGUGUGUGCAUGUGCAUGCACGCACUUGAGCUCAUACUCCCUUGAGAGGCUAGAAACAUAUGAAAUACUGGAGUAUUUAAAUCAAUGUCAAUAAGGAAAGAAGAAGAAAAAUAUAAGCUAGUUUAGAGAUUUAUAAGUACAAAUAAAUGACAAUCAAGAGUGAAUGAAGUUGCAAAAAAAAUAAGUACAUAUUUUCAUAUGAGAUGGGAACACAAGUAUAUGCUAAAAUUUUGGCAUUUGGGAUUCAAGGAAAUAAAUGUCUUAAAACAGGAGGCAGGUAAUUGAACAAUUAGAGAAUUUGCAUUAAUGAAGGCUUUCGCGGCCAGGAUCUAAUGGUUGUUGUGGGUUUUUCGGGCUCUUUGGCCGUUCUGAAG